AUGCUGAGCGAUGCUGAAGCAAAGGAUCAACUUUGGAGCAUCAGCCAAAGAUACGACAGCUUGUUGAAGCUCCAGAGAGAUUUUGCUGAUGCUCAAAGGGCUUACUUUGAUGCUGAAGGUGACAGAUUCAAGGCAGAGGCUGAGGCCCUAACAACAGAUGAGGGAGCGACAGUGGAAAGGUGGCUGCGAGCCCAAAAGUUGGAGAGAGAGGCAAAGCUUCAAGUACUUCAAAGGCGAGUGCUGCUUCUCCAAUCUUUGAAGGAGCUACGGCAGAUCCAACUGCAGGACCUCGCAGGUCACAUCCAGCCGGUCGCAGCGCAGGUCACCUCGAUGGUUUGGCAGGAUGAUCGGCCGCAGAGACAUCCUCAAAGCCCAGGGAGUGCGAAAAGUGAACCCAGUGAACCCGAUGCCGAAGCGGGUCCCUUCCCUGGUCUGGUACUGGCAGCCACGCGGGCUGAGCUGGAAGCUCUUCAGCAGCGCGAACGGGAGCUGAUGGCCGCCAAGUCUCCUGGGGUGCAGCUUUGUGAACGCCUGGCAGUUUCUGAGCAGAACCUGGCCACAUUGAUGCACCAGACUGCUUCUGCCAAGAGGCUGGCUGAAAGCAUUGCUUGGAAGCAUUUGACUGCUGAGAGUGAGGCUCAACAGGCAACAGUAGCAGCUGAUCUGCUACAAGCAGCUAUGGAAGUGCAGCAUGAGGAGAUGGCGGGAAUCCAACCAGGUAGCCGCGCCGCGUCUGUUGCAGUGCCAGCAGAAUCAGCACCAACACCUUGCCAGCCUGAGGCGCCUCGAAACCCUCGGCCUGGACAUUUGGCGCCAGAGCUGCUGUCCUUGGUCAUGGAGGAGGUGGGCUUUGCCUCGGAGCAACUGGCAGCACUUUCUCCCUGGCGCUCGGAGGUUUCAGGUGCUGGGGAAGAAACGCCUUCAACACGUGUGCAGUCCUUGUCAGAGGUUGACAUUCCUCAAAGCUUUCAGGUGAGGCAAGGGCGUUCUCCAGCCGAGGAAUCGACAGUUUCGACUUCAAGUCCCUGCGGCAUUCCGGCGAUGGCGCUCGCUGAGCAUGAUGGAAUUGAUCUCGCGCUGGCGUCUUUCUUAAGUCCACGGCGAAAUCGUUUACGAAGGUCGCUCUUCUCUCGGGAGGGGCGCGGACUCUAUCGCAGAGUUACGGAACUUGUCGGCUACAACUUCGUUUCGCCCAAGGCAAGUGGCCGUGAUGUUGAAGCGGAAGCCUGGGAGCCUUUGGAGGACUUCUUGCGAAAAGUGGAAGUGGACCAAAGCCAGCGCUUGCAACGCGCACGGGAACGGGCAAAGGCGG